CGCUCGCUCGCUCGGGAACUAUCGGAUUAAACUUGAAUCGAGUGAAAUUACACAAAGGAGCGAAGCGGAGCCGGCGGAGACCCCGAAACUACCCGAGACCCGCGCUGACCCUUCCUCUCCCUCCCCUCCCUUCCACCCCUCCUUCGCCUGCCCGCCCCGGUCAGGGAUCCCCCUCCUCCCCUCUUAGCCCAGCCCCGGUGCGAGCGAGCAACUCCGUGCGUGUGUGUUGUGUGCGUGUGUGUUGUGUGCGAGACCCGCACCCCGCCUCGCCCCCCCCGGCCGACGGCACCAACUCCGGAGCGUGUCCCCUCCUCCUCCCCGGCCCUUCGGCGGAGGGCAGCGAGGGAGCGAGCGGGGGACACCGGUCCCCGACGGCCACGCACCGGCCCGAUCAUCCAUUCUAACGACGGCAAAAAAAUCUUAAUGACUAUGACCUUAGCAGCAUGGGUAGCUGAUUUUUCCCAAUUAUAAAUCCCGUUAGUUUGCGGUAAUGUGAGCAGUAACCAGACUUUGCCUGACACUGCAUGGUCCUAAAGAAUUAAGGAAAUAUGGAAUGACAUGAAGGAGAUUAGUUGAGGAUUAAAGGCUUUGAGGACAAAACACCUCACCGAGGUGAAGCACAGACUAACAUUCUGGUUGUAGCUCCAAGGAGCUGUGUGCUGAAAAAAGAUGGCAGAUCCAGGAAUGAUGAGUCUGUUUGGAGAAGAUGGGAAUAUUUUCAGUGAAGGGUUGGAAGGUCUUGGAGAAUGUGGAUAUCCUGAAAAUACAGUGAAUCCUAUGGGUCAGCAAAUGCCCAUGGAUCAAGGAUUUCCCGCUUUACAGUCAUCUCUUCAUCAUCCUCCUGCAAAUCAAAACCAAGCCAAGUUGACCCAUUUUGAUCACUAUAAUCAAUACGAACAGCAGAAAAUGCACCUGAUGGAUCAGCCGAACAGGAUGAUAAGCAAUGCCCCUGGGAAUGGUAUCGCGUCUCCUCAUUCGCAGUAUCACAACCCUCCAGUUCCUCAGGUUCCUCACAGCAGUGGUGCUGGUGGUCAGAUGGGAGUCUAUCCCGGCAUGCAGAACGAAAGACACGGGCAACCCUUUGUAGACGGUGGCUCCAUGUGGGGACCACGGGCAGUUCAAGUGCCAGACCAGAUAAGAGCACCAUACCAGCAGCAACAGCAGCAGCAGCAGCCGCAACCCACACAGCCGCCACAGGCACCCUCCGGGCCCCCUGGGCAGGGCCAUCCUCAGCACAUGCAGCAGAUGGGAAACUACAUGGCUCGUGGUGAUUUUUCAAUGCAGCAGCAUGGUCAGCCGCAGCAGCAGAGGAUGAACCAGUUUUCUCAAGGCCAAGAAGGCCUCAAUCAGGGAAACCCUUUCAUUGCCACCUCAGGACCUGGCCACUUGUCUCAUGUGCCCCAACAGAAUCCCAGUAUGGCACCUUCUUUGCGACACUCAGUCCAGCAAUUUCACCACCAUCCCCCUACUGCUCUCCAUGGGGAAUCAGUAGCCCACAGUCCCAGAUUCUCCCCUAAUCCUCCCCAGCAGGGUGCUGUUAGGCCGCAAACACUUAAUUUUAGUUCUCGGAGCCAGACGGUACCCUCACCUACUAUAAACAACUCAGGGCAGUAUUCUCGAUAUCCUUACAGUAACCUUAAUCAGGGAUUAGUUAAUAAUACAGGGAUGAAUCAGAAUUUAGGCCUUACAAAUAACACUCCAAUGAAUCAAUCUGUACCAAGAUACCCAAAUGCUGUCGGAUUUCCAUCAAACAGUGGUCAAGGACUAAUGCACCAGCAGCCCAUCCACCCUAGUGGCUCACUUAACCAAAUGAACACGCAAACUAUGCACCCUUCACAGCCUCAGGGAACUUAUGCCUCUCCACCUCCCAUGUCACCUAUGAAAGCAAUGAGUAAUCCAGCAGGUACACCUCCUCCACAGGUUAGACCUGGUAGUGCUGGAAUACCAAUGGAAGUUGGCAGUUACCCAAAUAUACCCCAUCCUCAGCCGUCACACCAGCCCCCUGGUGCCAUGGGAAUUGGACAAAGGAAUAUGGGCCCCAGAAACAUGCAACAGAAUCGUCCGUUUAUGGGUAUGUCUUCAACACCACGGGAGAUGGGUGGGCACAUGAGACCAAAUGGUUGUCCAGGUGUUGGCCUUGCAGAUCCACAAGCAAUACAAGAGCGACUAAUAUCUGGCCAGCAGCUUCCUAGUCAACAGCAGUCUUUUCAACAGCAAAUGCCAACCUGUCCUCCCAUGCAGCCUCAUCCAGGGAUACAUCAUCAAUCUUCACCACCCCCACAUCCUCAUCAUCAGCCUUGGGCACAGCUUCACCAGUCACCACAAAACACACCACAAAAAGUGCCUGUCCUUCAGCAUUCUCCGUCGGAACCCUUUUUAGAGAAACCAGUGCCGGAUAUGACUCAGGUUAGUGGACCGAAUACCCAGCUAGUGAAAAGCGAUGAUUAUCUGCCGUCAAUUGAGCCGCAGCCACAGCAAAAGAAAAAGAAAAAGAAAAAUAAUCACAUUGCUGCAGAAGGUCCCAGUAAAGGUUUUGGUAAGGAAGACUUUCCUGGGGGACUUGACAGCCAGAAUCUAAGCAGAAACUCAGUGGAUUGCUCCCAAGAAGAUAAGAAGAAAAAGAAAAAGCCCAAGGCAAAAAAAGAACCGAAAGAUCCUAAAGAACCCAAGGAAAAGAAGGAACCCAAGACCCCCAAAGUCCCUAAGACCCCUAAAGAGCCAAAGGAAAAGAAAGCAAAAAAUACUACGCCAAAACCCAAGACCAGCAAAAAGGCUAGUAGCAAGAAGCAAGAUUCAGAAGCCAGUGCUGCGAAGAAAAAGGUUAACAAGGGAAAGGAAGGUUCUGAAAACUCAGAUUUGGAAAAAACUCCACCACCAUCGCCUCAUCCUGAAGAUGAAGAUGAUCCAGGGGUUCAGAAACGACGCUCCAGCAGGCAGGUGAAGAGGAAGCGUUAUACCGAAGACCUGGAGUUCAAGAUUUCAGAUGAGGAGGCUGAUGAUGCUGAUGCUGCUGGAAGAGACUCUCCUUCAAAUACUUCUCAGUCGGAGCAACAGGAAUCUGCUGAUGCUGAAGGUCCCAUUGUGGAGAAAAUCAUGAGUAGCCGUUUAGUCAAGAAAAAGACGGAGAACGGAGAGGAAGUCGAAGUAGAGGAAUUCUAUGUAAAGUACAAAAACUUUUCUUACCUUCACUGUCAGUGGGCAUCUGUGGAAGAGCUGGACAAAGACAAGAGAAUUCAGCAGAAGAUUAAGCGGUUUAAGGCAAAACAGGGCCAGAAUAAAUUCCUUUCUGAAAUUGAUGAUGAGCUUUUUAAUCCAGAUUAUGUGGAAGUUGAUCGAAUCAUGGAUUUUUCGCGUAGCACAGAUGAUAAUGGAGAGCCUGUAAUGCAUUAUCUGGUGAAGUGGUGUUCGCUUCCUUACGAAGACAGCACUUGGGAGCUCAAGCAAGACAUCGACCAAGCCAAGAUCGAAGAAUUUGAGAAACUGAUGUCUAGGGAGCCAGAAAUGGAGCGUGUGGAGAGACCUCCUGCCGAUGACUGGAAGAAAUCGGAGAGUUCCAGGGAGUAUAAAAACAAUAACAAACUCAGGGAAUACCAGUUGGAGGGAGUAAACUGGCUUCUUUUCAAUUGGUACAACACACGAAACUGCAUUUUAGCAGAUGAAAUGGGGUUGGGAAAGACUAUCCAGUCCAUUACGUUUCUCUAUGAGAUAUAUUUGAAAGGAAUCCAUGGUCCUUUCUUGGUUAUUGCACCAUUGUCCACAAUUCCCAACUGGGAAAGGGAGUUCCGCACCUGGACAGAGUUGAAUGUGGUUGUGUAUCAUGGGAGUCAAGCGAGUCGGCGGACCAUUCAGUUGUAUGAAAUGUAUUUCAAAGAUCCACAGGGUCGUGUGAUAAAGGGGUCCUAUAAGUUCCAUGCCAUUAUCACAACAUUUGAAAUGAUCUUGACUGACUGCCCAGAGCUGCGUAACAUUCCAUGGCGUUGCGUGGUCAUUGAUGAAGCCCACAGGCUGAAAAACAGGAACUGUAAGCUUUUGGAAGGACUCAAGAUGAUGGACCUGGAGCAUAAAGUGCUGCUUACUGGAACCCCUUUGCAGAAUACAGUAGAAGAGCUGUUUAGCUUGCUUCACUUCUUGGAACCAGGUCGCUUUCCAUCAGAAACCACAUUCAUGCAAGAAUUUGGGGAUCUUAAAACUGAAGAGCAGGUGCAAAAACUGCAAGCUAUUUUGAAGCCGAUGAUGCUAAGACGUCUCAAGGAGGAUGUGGAAAAGAACCUGGCCCCCAAAGAGGAAACCAUCAUUGAAGUUGAACUGACAAAUAUUCAGAAGAAGUACUAUCGUGCUAUUCUUGAAAAGAAUUUCACAUUUCUUUCCAAGGGUGGAGGUCAGGCAAAUGUACCUAAUCUUUUAAACACUAUGAUGGAACUAAGAAAAUGCUGCAAUCAUCCAUACCUUAUUAAUGGUGCUGAAGAGAAAAUUUUGGAAGAGUUUAAAGAAACACACAAUGCCGACUCUCCAGAUUUUCAGCUCCAGGCAAUGAUCCAGGCUGCUGGCAAGCUCGUACUGAUUGACAAGCUGCUGCCAAAACUGAAGGCUGGUGGCCACAGGGUGCUUAUCUUUUCCCAGAUGGUGCGCUGCUUGGACAUACUGGAAGACUACCUCAUUCAAAGACGGUACCCAUAUGAACGAAUUGAUGGUCGAGUGAGAGGCAACUUGCGUCAGGCAGCUAUUGACAGGUUUUCAAGACCUGAUUCUGAUAGGUUUGUUUUCCUGCUGUGUACAAGGGCAGGAGGUUUGGGCAUUAAUCUUACUGCUGCUGAUACCUGCAUCAUUUUUGAUUCAGACUGGAACCCCCAGAAUGACCUCCAGGCUCAAGCACGAUGUCACAGAAUAGGGCAGAGCAAAUCAGUGAAAAUUUACAGGUUGAUAACAAGGAAUUCUUACGAAAGGGAAAUGUUUGACAAAGCUAGCUUGAAGCUGGGCCUCGAUAAGGCUGUGCUACAAUCUAUGAGUGGAAGAGAAAAUGCCACAAAUGGGGUGCAACAGCUGUCUAAAAAAGAAAUAGAAGAUCUUCUUCGAAAGGGGGCAUAUGGUGCUCUGAUGGAUGAGGAAGAUGAAGGGUCUAAGUUUUGUGAAGAGGAUAUCGAUCAGAUUCUCUUAAGGCGAACGCACACAAUUACUAUUGAAUCUGAAGGAAAAGGCUCAACAUUUGCAAAGGCUAGUUUUGUUGCAUCUGGGAACAGGACAGACAUUUCUUUGGAUGACCCUAAUUUCUGGCAGAAGUGGGCAAAGAAAGCUGAGCUGGAUAUUGAUGCUCUAAAUGGAAGGAACAACCUAGUUAUUGAUACACCAAGGGUAAGGAAGCAAACCAGACUCUACAGUGCAGUCAAAGAGGAUGAACUGAUGGAGUUUUCAGACCUGGAAAGUGAUUCUGAAGAAAAGCCUAGCACAAAGCCCCGUAGGCCUCAGGACAAAUCACAAGGUUAUGCAAGAAGUGAAUGUUUCAGGGUGGAGAAGAACUUGUUGGUUUAUGGCUGGGGUCGGUGGACUGACAUCCUCUCACAUGGGCGCUAUAAACGUCAGCUAACAGAGCAAGAUGUGGAAACCAUCUGCCGGACUAUCCUGGUGUAUUGUCUUAAUCAUUACAAAGGGGAUGAAAAUAUCAAAAGUUUCAUCUGGGAUCUGAUCACUCCAACUGCAGAUGGGCAAACUCGAGCUUUGGUUAAUCAUUCCGGUCUGUCUGCACCAGUGCCCAGAGGGAGGAAAGGGAAGAAAGUAAAAGCCCAGAGUUCACAGCCAAUGCUGCAAGAUGCUGAUUGGCUCACAAGCUGUAAUCCAGAUGUAUUAUUUCAAGAAGACAGCUAUAGGAAACAUCUCAAACAUCACUGUAACAAGGUCCUGCUGCGUGUCCGCAUGCUCUACUAUCUACGACAAGAAGUUAUAGGGGACCAAGCAGACAAGAUCUUAGAGGGUGCUGACUCAAGUGAAGUAGAUAUAUGGAUACCUGAGCCAUUCCAUGCUGAAGUUCCUGCAGACUGGUGGGAUAAGGAGGCAGAUAAAUCCCUUUUAAUUGGAGUAUUUAAACACGGUUAUGAGAAGUACAAUUCUAUGAGAGCUGACCCAGCACUGUGCUUUCUGGAACGGGUUGGCAUGCCUGAUGCAAAGGCCAUAGCUGCUGAACAGAGAGGGACAGACAUGUUAGCAGAUGGCGGUGAUGGGGGUGAAUUUGACAGAGAGGAUGAAGAUCCAGAAUAUAAGCCAACCAGAACUCCUUUCAAGGAUGAAAUUGAUGAAUUCGCCAACUCACCUCCAGAAGACAAAGAGGAGUCCAUAGAAUUACACCCAAACAAGCACAGUGAAAGCAACGCUGAGUUAGGGCAACUCUACUGGCCCAACACUUCAACCCUGACUACCCGUCUGCGUCGCCUCAUUACUGCCUAUCAGCGCAGCUAUAAAAGGCAACAAAUGAGGCAAGAGGCGCUAAUGAAGACUGACCGCAGGAGACGACGGCCUCGAGAAGAAGUGAGGGCACUGGAGGCAGAAAGGGAAGCUAUAAUAACUGAGAAACGACAAAAAUGGACAAGAAGAGAAGAAGCUGAUUUUUAUCGUGUGGUGUCUACUUUUGGAGUUAUUUUUGAUCCUGUAAAACAUCAGUUUGAGUGGAAUCAAUUCAGAGCAUUUGCCAGGCUUGACAAAAAGUCCGAUGAAAGCUUGGAAAAGUAUUUUAAUGGCUUUGUGAAUAUGUGUAGACGAGUAUGCCGAAUGCCAGUCAAACCAGAUGAUGAACCUCCUGAUCUUUCCACGCUGAUUGAGCCGAUCACAGAGGAGCGUGCUUCUAGAACUUUGUAUCGCAUCGAGCUGCUGCGCAAGAUCCGGGAACAGGUUCUCCAUCACCCGCAGCUGGGGGAGAGGCUAAAGCUUUGCCAGCCAAGUCUGGACCUGCCAGAGUGGUGGGAGUGUGGUAAACAUGAUAAAGACUUACUGAUUGGUGCUGCUAAACAUGGAGUCAGUAGGACAGAUUAUCACAUUCUGAAUGAUCCUGAACUCUCUUUUCUUGAAGCUCACAAAAACUUUGCUCAAAACAGAGGGACAGGUAAUGCAAAUACUGUCUCUUCUGUAAACCCUCUGGGUGCUGGCUGCAGUCAAACACCCCCAAUUGUCCCAUCCACACCAGUACAAGAAGAAAAGACUACAGAACAAACAGAGUCUAAAGUUGAAGGGUCUGAAAAUCCAGCAGCCAAAGAAAAGUCUGAAAUCAAAGAGGAGACAGAUACUACAGAUAAGGACACUAAACCAGACUGUGAUGCUGAGGCUGAGCCUGGCUCUGUUAAAUGUGAACUGAAAGACAUAGAAAUGAGUACAGAUGUAGAUCCAAAAUCUAUUUCUGAGAAAGGUUCAGAAGAAGAUGAAGAGGAGAAACUGGAAGAUGAUGAUAAAUCAGAAGAAUCCUCGCAACCUGAAGCAGGAGCAGUUUCUCAGGGUAAGAAUUUUGAUGAAGAAAGCAAUGCUUCUAUGAGUACCGCAAGGGAUGAAACUCGCGAUGGAUUCUACAUGGAAGAUGGGGAUCCCUCUGUGGUACAGCUGCUUCAUGAGAGAACAUUUGCCUUCUCAUUCUGGCCUAAGGACCGAGUAAUGAUCAACCGAUUAGACAACAUCUGUGAGGCAGUGCUGAAAGGGAAGUGGCCGGUAAAUAGGCGCCAGAUGUUUGAUUUCCAGGGGCUCAUACCUGGGUACACUCCAACAGCUGUGGACAGCCCUCUACAGAAAAGGAGCUUUGCAGAGCUCUCCAUGGUUGGUCAAGCCAGCGUCAGUGGCAGUGAAGAUCUCACCGCUUCUCCUCAGUUAUCAAAGGAAGAUGCACUCAAUUUAUCAGUUCCACGUCAGAGGAGGAGGAGACGAAGAAAGAUUGAAAUUGAGGCUGAGAGAGCUGCCAAAAGGAGAAAUCUUAUGGAAAUGGUUGCCCAGUUACGUGAGUCUCAGGUGGUCUCAGAAAAUGGACAAGAAAAGGUUGUAGAUUUAUCAAAGGCCUCACGAGAGGCAACAAGUUCUACCUCAAAUUUUGCAUCUGUUACUUCAAAGUUUAUCUUGCCUAAUGUCUCCACACCCGUGUCUGAUGCCUUUAAAACUCAAAUGGAGCUGCUGCAAGCAGGUCUUUCACGCACACCUACAAGGCAUCUACUAAAUGGCUCUUUAAUAGAUGGAGAACCACCCAUGAAGAGGAGGAGAGGAAGGAGGAAAAAUGUAGAAGGGCUUGAUCUGUUAUUUAUGAGCAACAAACGGACAUCAUUGACUGUAGAGGAUGCAGAAAUGACCAAAGCUUUUGAAGACGAUAUGGAAGCCCUACCAGCAAGGAACAUUCCAUCUCCUGGUCAAUUAGACCCAGACACUCGCAUCCCUGUAAUCAAUCUAGAGGAUGGGACCAGGCUGGUGGGAGAGGAUGCCCCGAAAAACAAGGAUCUAGUGGAAUGGCUUAAGUUGCAUCCUACUUACACAGUAGAUAUGCCAAGUUAUGUACCAAGUGCAGAUGUGCUGUUUUCCCCAUUUCAGAAGCCGAAACAAAAACGACACAGAUGUCGAAACCCUAAUAAACUGGAUAUAAACACCUUGACAGGAGAAGAAAGGGUACCUGUUGUAAAUAAACGAAAUGGGAAGAAGAUGGGUGGAGCUAUGGCCCCUCCAAUGAAGGACUUGCCAAGAUGGCUGGAAGAAAAUCCUGAGUUUGCAGUUGCUCCAGAUUGGACUGAUAUUGUUAAACAGUCUGGUUUUGUUCCGGAGUCCAUGUUUGACCGUCUUCUCACUGGACCUGUUGUGAGGGAGGAAGGAGCAAGCAGAAGAGGAAGAAGGCCAAAAAGUGAAAUUGCCAAAGCAGCUGCAGCAGCUGCUGCUGUAGCAUCAACUUCGGGAAUCAACCCACUACUAAUGAACAGUCUGUUUGCUGGAAUGGACCUCACAAGCCUCCAGAACCUACAGAACCUGCAGUCUCUCCAGCUCGCAGGCCUCAUGGGCUUUCCACCAGGGCUAGCAACAGCUGCUGCUGCUGGAGGGGACGCUAAAAAUCCGGCUGCCAUGUUGCCUCUGAUGUUGCCAGGGAUGGCAGGACUGCCCAAUAUGUUUGGACUAAGUGGAUUGUUGAAUAACCCAAUAACGGCUACUACUGGAAAUGCCACUACUGCUUCCGGUCAAGGAGAGACUGAGGAUGGCGCUUCAAAAGCUGAAGAGAAGAAAAAUGAGAAUGAAGAGGAGAACAAAGACUCUGAGAAAAGCACAGACACUGUUUCUGCUACUGACUCUGUGAAUGGAUCUGUCAGUGCUGCUACUGCGGCGACUACCGCCACUGCCACCACUACUACCACCACCAACACUGGAUUGCCCACAAACCCUCUGGCCUUCAAUCCUUUCCUGCUGUCUACCAUGGCUCCUGGCCUCUUCUAUCCAUCUAUGUUUCUACCUCCAGGACUGGGAGGAUUGACUCUGCCCGGUUUCCCAGCACUAGCAGGACUUCAGAACGCAGUGGGCUCCAAUGAAGAGAAGGCUACUGACAAAACUGAAGGAGCUGCCUUUAAAGAUGAAGAAAAUCUUGAAGGCAGUGAUGCAGAGGAGAGCCUUGAUAAAACUGCAGAUUCCUCCAUUUUAGAAGAUGAAAUAGCACAGGGUGAAGAAUUAGACUCACUUGAUGGGGGGGAAGAAAUAGAAAACAAUGAAAACGAUGAAUAACCAGUACCAGUUACAGUUAAAGUGUUUUAAACUUUUGACAAGUGGUAGUCCUACUGUUUACACUCACAGUUAAUGUCCAUACUUAGUUUUUAUAAGCUGUUCUGUAACAUAGUGUAGCAAAAAAAAAAAAAAGUUCAAGUCAUGUUAUACAGAUGUGUCAAAAGGUAUCUUGGUCAUUAAGUAUUGUGCAGUGCAUUAUUUAUUAUCCCUAGGAGAGAUGAAAUUUGAGAGGUGAUCAUGUCUUUUUAAGGAAAUUGACAUAAUGCUCUGCUUUUUUUUUCUUUUGGUACCAUUGGUAUUAUGAAUUAAGCAGCAAUUUGUAAUCAAGUGGCACUAAUAGAAGGAAGUGCUGCUUAAAGGAAGGAUGAAGUUAUAUAUUUAAUUUUUUUUCUUAUUUUUUUCUUUUUUAUUUUCUUUUUUUUUUUUCUUUGCUGUGAAGGUCAAGAUGGAAUUUACCAUACAUAUCGUACUCGCGCUUCAUUUUGACUGUAUGGGAGUUCACCCGCUCACAUGCGCGCACACACCCACACACACACUCUCUCUCUGACAAUCUUCAUGAUAGUGUGAAUGUCUCUGUCUUGAGACGCAGCAAUAAUAAGGCAGCUGUUGAAUGUGAAGAGUACCUUUUGGAAAUUAACCCGCGGAGAAGGUUCUUACAGGAUAAAGCUACAGUUUAAUCGUCUCGUGAUCUUGUAAUGCACUGGUAUAAACAAAAAAGAAAAAAAAUCAGGUACCUUUUUUAAAUUAAAGGACUUUGUUACUUUAGCCACAAAGCUAAACAGCAUUACCUCAACUCUAAACUAGCCUUGAAGUUUACAGACAUGACUUUGUAAAUGUAUUGUUUUUCUUUGUUGUGAUGUCUUUUUGUUUUUUUUUUUCUUUGGAAACUGCUAUCAUGUAAGAUAAGAUGUAAAUUGCUGCCAACUGUAGUAAUGAUGCUUUUAAUAAAAGUGACCCAUGAUAUGCAGAGAUGUAAUUAUAGAAUGUAGUGUUUAGGGACAUCAAAACUGGUGUUCACUUUCUGUAUUUGUAUUUGUGGCUUUUUUAUAGCAUUUUCCUGCUAUAUUCUUUAUAGGUUAGUGGCUGUAAAUGCUGAACUGAUCGUCUUCAGGGGACUAGGCAGGAAGAGAAACCUUGAAUUGCCUUCAUAUUUUCCACUCUAAGUAACUCUACAGAAAUGCACGCUAAAAUCUCUACUUUACUCCUUCAAAGGGGCAUGAGAGACUGAGAAUACUUUAAAUGUGUUCAGCAUGUGAUAAUGUGGUACACUAAAGAACAAAAGGGCAAAAGAAAAAUGAGGCUUUAAUAGGCACAAUAUCUAGGUCAUUUAUCCUUGGUUAAUGGGUAGAAAAACACAAUGCUGUAGUGACAGCAAGGGAUACAAAGGCUCUGUGGUAUCCUGUAGACCAGAGCUUGUGAUGCCAGAAACCACUGUGUCAAGCAACCUACAUGAAACUAAAACUGACCCACUUUUUAUAAAAACCAGUGUCUCUUCUGGAGAGCUACCGAUUUGUACCCUUUUGUGACCUUUUGAUAUUCGAGAUAAUGUACCAUUUGAGAACUUCUGUUUUCACGGUGUUGUCACCUUGACACACACAUACACAACGAGCUCCAGAGUGAGGAUAAAAGGUUAGAUUUUCAGUGGAGUACAUGAAAAAUUAGCUAUUUCAGUAGCCAGCUGUGGGUGGACCCCUGUCUUUAGGACUAAUAUUAUCUGUGCUUUUGGAAUGCUGGAGAGCUGCAAACCUCACUCUCAUGUACACUGUGAAUUUGCACGAGAGCUCAAACGGGCAAGUAUGGCAAGGCUGAAAUUUGGUCCCCAGGGGGAUAUAUGAAAAGGGGUGAACUUGGCUUGAAAAGAAUAUUUCAUGGACGAUGAAAGUAGAUGAGAAAUGAAGGCUUAGGAAGUGAUUUUUGUGUGAAUGAAUCACAGGCACACACUGAUGAAAUGAAUAGAUGUCAGGAUGUCUUGUACUGCCACUUAAAUAGAUCAUAGGGAGUUAAUGAAGGUCAGGAAGGAGUCCCCCUACACGGACAUCACUGAAUGGUUGAUGAGGUGUGUUAUUCCUGCCUCUUUCUAAAGCAUCACACGUAGACCAUGGCAAAAAGUGAGAGGCUGAAAGCAAAGGCACAUUAACUUGGGCAGGUGUGUUGCAUACUCAGUUGAAUUAAUUUGAACUGUUUUUUAGGUUGCUAUUAAAUGCCUUGUCUUAUUUUUUUUUCUACCUAUGAAAGUCCCAGUCCCAGUAUGUAAGAGUUUGUAGGUGCUUCCCAUUGUGUGUAUGCCACACAAGGUACCAAAUAGCGAGUUUUAAUUCAGUUUUAUAAUUCCCAGAAAAGAUUUACGCAGACUAAUGAUAUCCCUUGGGAGAACCCUUUUUAAUUGGCAAGACUAGAAAUUAUUUUGUUAAAUGCCGUAAUAAGACCCUUUCUCCUCUGUCAAAAUAGGGAAGUUCUGUUAACUUUUAUUUUUGCCUAUAGGCUUUUGACAUGGAAACAUCCAACUCAUGAUGUAGGUUGUCCAAGUGACAAAUGAGUGAAUCUUACCCCUAGUACAAGCAUCUUCCACGAUGGCAUUACUCAUCUGCCUUUCCUAAUCAAACAAUAAAAAAAAAAUAAAAAAUAGCAAAACUGGAGAAUUGUUUCAACAGAACAAAUGCCAUGGGAAUGGGAGAGCCUCCAUGCUCUGUACUUUCCAAACAGCCUUGCUUCCUAGAAGCCAAACAGACCCCUCACCUGUUGUAAAGGUGGUGAUAUUUGAUUUUGGAAGGGAUAUGGGCCCCUGGUAUGAAAAAUGAAGUGGGGGGAUUGCCAUCUAAUGUCCGAGAAAUGUAUUACAUGAAAAUAUGAAGGUUUUUCUUUGAUUUGACAGAGUUUUUACAUGUUAAUUAUUGCAAAGAUUCUUACGGAGUUAUAAAAGUGUGUCUAAAUGAAUAAAAGCUUACGUGAGUAAGAUGCA